UUGCAAUAUUCGGUAGCCGCCAUUUUUCUUCCAAAGCAAUGUGCACUUGUGUCUUUUAAAAAGUGAAAAAAAUAUAUAUAUACACGAUGCCUCCCAGAGGAAAGCAAGUGGCUAGAAGAGGAAGAAGUUCAACGCCGCGUGCAGCUGCUGCUAAGAAAGAUCCUGUAAAACCCAUUGACGACGAGGAAGAGGAAAAGAAAAUGGAUGUCAGUGGAGAUGACAACUUAGUGGAUGUUGAUUUCACGGUAUCUGAUCAAGAGGAGGAGGAAGAUGUCAUAAAGCUGGAUGAAGAAGAAGAGGAAGACUCGAAGGAAGACCAAGAAACGGAAGAAAAGACAGAAACAACAGCAGAGGACACUAAGAAAGAAGACAAAGAAGAAAAAGAAACCAAUAAUGCUGCAGAUGAAGAUGAGAUUGAAUUGAAAGCAGUGGAAUUAUUGGAUGAAAAUGAGGAACAGCUAGAAGAUGAUCAGAAAGAUGAUGAAGAAGAAGAGAGCAAGGAGGAGGAAGAAGAGAAAGAGGAAAAAGAGAAGGAAAACAAGGAAGAGAGUACACCAAAAAAGGAAGGAGAAGGAGAGAAGAAGGAAGAAAAAACAGACCCAGAUGCUCCAGAGAAAACAUUAUUGACCCAUGUUGUCAAGGGUCCUGUUCGAAUUUCCAUACUGACAGUUGCAGACCUGAGUAACCGAGAUCUUCAAUCACUGAUCCAGAAGUCUGUCAAGGCUACACUGGAUUAUGAUGACAGAAAAGGGACAGUUACAAUGUGGUUUAAUCCCCGACGAAGUCGAAAGGCCAUUGACAUAUUGUCUUGUCUGGCCAAACUGAAGCUUACCAAUGAUGAAAUCAGUGUCGCCUGUCCAAGAGCUUUUGCAGCUUUGCUGGCUACUGAGAAAAGAAGGGACAAGUUUCCAAAUUUUGACGGAGGUCAGAAAAAAGAUAAAUCAGCCUAUUGCACCAAUAUUCCCCCAGACACUACAGAGGAGGUUUUGAGAGCUAUUUUCCCAGAAUGCACCAAUGUUCUAAUACCCACUAAUGAGGAAGGUGAAAACUUUGGGUGUGCCAUCCUGGAGUUCAAGAGUGGACAGGAGGCGGCCAGCUGUGUGGAGGGAAACAAGGAUGUGGAGGUCGGGGACCACAAGAUCAAGCUGAGCCACUGCUACCCCAUGCCAGACCAUGUACAAAAGAGACUAGAAGAAGAGAGGAAGCAUGACCGUCCCAGAGACAAACACGACCGCCCCCGUCCCACUGCUAGUCGCUUCUCUAACCUGAAGAAUCGACGCACCAUGCCUGUCAAACGCAUAGGUACCAGUCUCUCCACAAGGUACAACAAGUUUGGAGGCAAUACAAUGACUAGGAGCAGAGGUCGGGGCAUGCAGCGUGGUGGCAUCAACAGAAGCAGCUACAACAACAUGGGCUCCAGCCACGGACAUGGCCAUGUCAACAGAAACACAGGACCAUCGACUGAGAUGCUGGUGAACCAGAUGUCGGCUCUGACCAAUAUGGUGAUGACCAGCCAACAGAAGCUGGCUCAGCAGCAGAAUCUGGUCAGACAGAUGGCCAACCAGCAGAACAUGCUCAACACCAUUAACACGGGGAUGUCAGGGGUCGGUGCCAUGGGUGGAGGAAUGGGAGGGGGAAGGGGAUUCAAUGACAUGGACAGCUUGAAUGACAGUCGCAACAGGCGGGACUCGUUUGAUCGGGGAGGAGACAGAAUGGGGGGCAUGGGGUCAUCUCAGAGGUCGCAGGGCAGGCGGGAUGAUUUUGAUAGUCACUCUAGAGGUGGUGCUGGGAACAGGAGAAACACCCCAGGUAAUAUUCCCCCAGGAGAGUCUGCUUGCUUCAAAUGUGGACAGGAUGGUCACUGGGCAAGGGAGUGUCCGAAUCAGAACCAGAGAGCAGGCCCAGGUUCUAGCAGUUCAGAUCGUGGCCACGGAGGGCAUGGAGGACACAGUGGCCAUGGAGGACACAGUGGAGGACCAAACAAGCCUGGAGGACCCAAGCCUGAGGACCUGUGUAACAAGUGUGGCGAGAGAGGCCACUGGGCCAGAGAGUGCCCCAAUCCACAGAGAAACCCCAGGCCUAGCGGUGGCAGUGGUGGUGGUGGUGGUCGACAGAGCUAUGGAGGACGCCAAGACAGCUACGACUCCAAGAGGUAUGAUGUGGAUCCACCAAGAAUUGCUGAGGAUGUGCCAUUUAUGACUGGCAUUGCCAGCGGGACUGGUGGAAACAGGUUUGACGAUAACUUUGACCGAUUCCAGUCAAACAAACGCAAGGGUGAUUAUGAUGAUCACAGAGGACCAAAGAGAACGAAUUAUGGUGGAGGACAGAGGGGAGGGGGCCGUAGAGAUGGUGGGCGGGGCUAUGGUAACAGAGGCUCCUCACCGAGGCGCAACCUCAAACAGGAAUCACCCCGAGAGAAGUCGUGGACCUCUGCUCAGUCCAAGUGGGAACAGUACAACAUGUCCAAACAGGGAGGAGGGAGUUCAAGGAAUUAUGGAAAUGACAACUAUGGAAACGGAAACUAUUAUUGAGAAAGCUUCAGAUUUGUCGUUGAUUUCAGACAUCUUUAUGCAUCCCCAUUCAUCGUGUGUGUACUCUCCGUCAGAACAGUGUUAAAUGUAUGCUAUUUUAUGACACCCUCCUUUCCUUUAUGUUUUAAUUAUGAUUUUUUUUCAUAAUGUGCAUCAAGCAUAAAAUGCAAUGUUUUAGUCAUGUCAUUUUUUGUAGUCACAAAAAUUAAAGUCAUCAUGAAAAAAAAUUUUCA